AUGGGCUUCCUCGGCGUCUACAGGGCCAUCUACGACUACGCGCCCCAAGGCGAGGGCGAGUUGACAAUCUCCGAAGGCGACAUUCUCUACGUGUUGGAAAAGAGCCAGGACGACGAUUGGUGGAAGGCAAAGAAGAAGGCCAAUGCCGCCGACGAUGACGAGCCCGUCGGCCUGAUCCCGAAUAACUACAUUGAGGAGGCGAAACCCGUACAAUACGCUCGCGCUCUCUACGAGUACACGCGUCAGACCGACGAAGAGAUCUCCUUCCCCGAGGAUGCGCAGCUCUCAGUCUUCGAUACUUCCGACCCCGAUUGGAUCCUAGUUGGCCACGAUGGCGACUACGGCUUCGCGCCCGCCAACUACAUUGAAUUGGGCGAUGGCCAGGACGGCCAGUACGCCCAGCAGGAGGAGGAAGAUUAUGAUGCUCCUCCUCCGCCUUUGCCGCAGAGGACACCAAGCGUCAGCGUCGAUGUAGCCAGCCCGCCCCUGCCCGCCAGAAGCGUGCCCUCCGAGCCAAGCACACCCGUCGCUGCCUCCAACCCUGCUGCCGCCAUCGCCGGAGUUAUGGCCAACCGCUCAUCGUUCCAACCCCCAGCGCCCAUCAGUGUUCCCCAGCCCGAGCGACAGUCAUACGCUUCGCAAGACUAUGAAGAGGAGGUUAGGUCCCCGCCGCUCCCGAGCCGUCCGCGCGGCGAUUCGCAGAUUGCUCCGGAGCAAAGGUCCUACAGACCGGUGCCGCCGCCCGCCCAGUCGGCAUCGCAAGACACCGACGACUAUGGCAUUAGCCCGCGGACCUCGCAGGCUCCUCCUCCCCAGACCGCCGCGCUCACCCCUGGCGGUUUCCACAUGUACAACAUCAACGAGAUGACGUCGGUAAUGGGCAAGAAGAAGAAGAUGCCGACCACGCUGGGCAUCAACCUGAGGACGGGAAUGAUUUUGAUAGCGCCGGAACACUCCCACGACGGUCCUUCGCAGGAAUGGCGGGCCGACUGUAUGACACACUACUCUCGGGAGGGCAAGCACGUGUUUAUGGAGCUCGUGCGACCAAGCAAGAGCGUCGACUUUCACGCGGGCGCCAAGGACACCGCUGAAGAGAUUGUCGCGAUGCUGGGCGACAUGGCCGGAACCGUGCGCAUGGAGGGACUCAAAGAGAUCAUUGCCGCGGGAUCGGGAGGCAAGAAGAAGAAGGGUACCGUGCUGUAUGACUUUAUGGCUCAGGGAGAGGACGAGGUCACCGUCGGCGUCGGUGAUGAGGUUGUUAUUCUCGACGAUACCAAGAGCGACGAGUGGUGGAUGGUUCGUCGCGUCAGGAACGGCAAGGAGGGCGUGGUUCCCAGCAGCUACAUUGAGAUCAACGGCGUGUGGGAAGAGCCAGAGACGGCUAUCAGCGGCAUUGCGGUCGGCAUGUCGGAAGUCGACAAGAACCGCCUGGAGGAGGCGCGCUUGACCAAGGAGGCCAUCAAGGCUGCCCAGCGCGAGGAGGAGAAGGAGAAGCAGAAGAGGAACUCAGAGGUAGGCCCAGGAUUGCGAUUACAAGAACGAAGAAGUAGUUUGCCGGCCGCAGAUGAUAACAGAAGAGGAAAACAGCGAAGCAGCAGGCGCGAAAACGGUCAGAGCACCAGCUCCAAGUCGUCAAGCAAGUCGAAACCUGAUCCUUCUAAGGUACGAACAUGGACCGAUCGAUCCAAGUCCUUCAGCGUAGAGGCCCAGUUCCUCGGUGUCAAGGAUGGCAAGAUCAGGCUCCACAAGAUGAACGGUGUGCAGAUCGCUGUGCCUGUCUCUAAGAUGUCGGUUGAGGAUCUCGAGUACGUGGAGCGCGUAACUGGUGAAUCACUCGACGAAGACAAGCCCCUAUCCGACCUUAAGAACAAGCGAUCCACCGGUGAGUCUUCGAGGUCUAGCCGAUCGACACGCGACAGGGAAAGAGACCGUGGUUCCAGCUCUCGGGUUGGUGCCACCAUCGACACCUCAAAGAAGCCCGACUACGAUUGGUUCAACUUCUUCCUCGGUUGCGACGUACAGGUUGGUUUGUGCGAGCGGUAUUCGCAGGCUUUCCUGCGGGAGGCUAUCGACGAAAGUGUCUUGCCAGAUGUCGAUGCUACUGUGCUGAGGAACUUGGGCUUGCGUGAAGGUGAUAUUAUCAAGGUCAUGCGGUACCUGGACAACAAGUACAUGCGGAACAAGAAGGGUGAAGAGGGCGAGGGUGGACUCUUCUCUGGGCCAGGAGGUGUGCUGCGCAACAACACGAAGAAGGGCAGGCCGGCGCCCCCUGUCGAGGUCAGCAACACCGUCGAUCCCAACGCGUUCUCCAAGGACUCGGGUGCUGGUAGUGCCAAGGCAUCGUCCCCUACGGCUGCGGCUACGCCAAGGUCUGCUUCCAAGCCCUCCGGGGGCUUUGAUGAUGAUGCUUGGGAUGUCAAGCCCAGCAAGACGAAAACCCCUGAGCCGGCUGCGCAAGCCGUUGCUCCUGCUCCUGCUCCUGCGCCGGCACCCGCUCCGACUCCUGCUCUGGUUGACGCGCCGGCAUCUACUCCGCCAGCGGCUCUUACCAAUUCGAUGCAGGAGCUGUCGUUGCUUACCCAGCCUCUGGAACCCGAGAAGGUUGCUCCUCCACCAGUUGUGCAGCCGGCUAUCACAUUGCCUCCGCCCUCGGCGGUCCCCGUUCCGGUUGCUCCUGCGCAGGUUCCUCAGCUUACCGGCGCCACUCCCGGCUUCUUCACCGGUAUGCAACCUCCUGCUGUUAGUGGACAGAUCCUUCCUCAGAACAUUGCGCGCCAAAGACCUCUUGCUCCUCAGUACACUGCUGCCCAGGGUCUCGUUGCUCCCCCACCUCCAUCUCGCCCUCUCUCGGCGCCUCAGUCCGCUCAACCCAGCGCCUUCACACCACCCCCUAUCCAGCCUCAGAUGACCGGUUUCCAGCCACCCCAGAUCGCUCCUCCCGGCCAGAGCCUCGCCGACCUCGCCCAGCAGCGUCUCCAGCAGCAAUACACCGCCCAGAUGCAGGCCCAGCAACAACAAAUGCAGCAGCCCAUGAUGACGGGCAUGCAACCCAUGAUGACCGGAAUGCCGCCCCAGCAAACCGGUUUCGGCCAGUUCCCCCCUCAACAACAGCCCUUCAUCCCUCAACCCACCGGCUUCGGUAUGCCGCAGCAGCAACAACAGCAAAUGCAACAACCUAUGAUGACCGGCAUGCAACCCCAGCAAACCAGCUUCGGUCAAUACCCUCAACAGCAACAGCAACAGCAACAGCCUUUUAUGCCUCAGCCUACCGGCUACGUCGGUGGCAUGGGCGGUGGACUCCCGCCUCCGCUCCAGCCCCAGGCUACGGGCAUGAGCUUUACUCAGGGCUUUGGUAAUGGACCCCAGCAGCACCAGCAACAACAGCCGUUGGUGCCGCAGCAGACGGGACCGGCGCCACCGGUUAGGUUCGGAAUUAGUGGUGAUGCGAAGAAGUUGGCGCCGCAGGCGACGGGGAGGAGGGCGAAUUUGGCUGCUGCUACCCCUGAUAACCCGUUCGGUUUCUAA